AUGAAGCUCCCCCACCUCGAGACUCCGGUCGCGCCUGCCUCCAACUACAAGCAGACAGCGCUGGUGACUCACCAUGAGGACUACACCGUGGGUCAGACUACUGGUGGCCUCAGCGUGCUGUUCACUAUCCUGUGUAUAGUGGACCUAUUUGGAGUGUUCCCUGUUAUCGCACUGCCGAAGAGCGUCAUUUCUUGUGGUAUUUACGGAGUGCCCCUUGUGAUCUCAGUGUUUGGACUUCAGCUGUACACAGCGGUAUUACUCGGGAGAUGCUGGCUGCUGGCCCAGGAGAUCACGCCUGAUAUCACUGAGAAGAGUCGGCUUCCGUAUGCAGCAGUAGCAGAGUUAGCAUACGGAGUGCCGGCACGGAGUCUAGUGAUUUUCCUCAUCGAUGCUGCUGUCUUUGGCGCUGGUGUACCUAAUUUUAUUCUUGCGGCCCAAAGCAUGCAGCUAUUUUGGUGGAAGAUAUCCGGCGGGGAAGUUGGUAUCUCAUACUGCGUGUGGAUGCUCAUAAUCGGUCUUCUCCUGUGUCCAGUCAUGUGGUUGGGAUCGCCGAAGGAUAUGAAGCCCCUAGCAGUAACAUCAGUAGUAAUAGUGAGCACGGUCGCAAUUUGCACGUGGACCUGCAUACUGCAGGACGAUGUGUCUCCGCCCAGCUCUGGUGGCCUGCUGGAGUACCAGCCCAGUGUGGAGGACUUCCUCGUGGCGUAUGGGAUCAUUGCUUUCCAAUUCGACAUCCACCCCCUUCUUCUGACAAUACAAGUGGACAUGAAGGACAGUCGCAAGAUCAACGUCGCGGUGCUGGGCGGGUUCUGCGUCACCAUCACCAUGUUCACGAUCACCACCGCGCUCGCCGCGCUCAGGUACGGCGGGGACGUCCACAACAACAUUCUGCAAGGUAUACCACCGUCGUAUACACUUUACAUGGUGGCUCUGCUGGUGACCAUCCAACUCUGCUUGUCCAGUGCCGUUGGAAACUCCGCUCUCUUUCAGCAUAUUGAAGAGCUCCUCAAAAUUCCUAAAGAUUUCUGCAUAAGAAGAUGCUUACUGCGCUCCGGCAUUGUCGCAGUCGCCGUGUUCCUGGGAGAAUCAGUGCCGCGAUUCGAUCUCGUCAUGGGCCUCAUCGGGUCCACUUUAACAGGACCACUUAUGUUCAUCCUGCCCCCACUAUUCUUCUUAAAACUUUGCUACAUGAAGACCAAUCUAAUAAACAAGGAAUGCACUUCAAUAAAUUACAAUAGGUUCACAUCAAACGUUCAAAAUGGCGGUGGAAAUGGCGCGUCAACGCAACUUUUAACCCCAUUCCAUAGUAACUAUCAAACGUUUACUAAUUACAAUAGGAUCGGGGAACUAGACGGUUAUACAAUUAAAUGGUAUGAUAUAGUUUUAGCUGUAACUGUGAUGUUGAUGGGUAUAGCUGCGACUAUUUUGGCUACAUAUUCUAGUUGGGCGGAUGCGAUCAGCUACGCCACUUUUACUCCGCCAUGUUUGGUGAACGCUACGGCGGCGGCUAGGAACUUUUUACAAUAUCAACCUAGUUUUUAACAUAUUUUGUGUAUUAUUAUAAUAGUACCAAUGUAGGUACAGAACGGACACUUAUCUAAUUUUGAUGUUCUAUAAGAGAACAUUUGUGUUGUUCUAUGUUGCGUAGAGGCAACGGGGAGAAUUAUCAAAGUGUGAUUUUAGCUAUUCAGUAAAUUAGUUUCUACCUGUUCUUCUAAGUGUUACUGGCAAGGCUUAAACUACUAAAAAUUGAAUAAAUAAAUGAAGAAUGUCUAGACACUUUUCAAUUAAUACUGACUGACAGCAAAUUAAAUUUUUCCCCAAAUGAAAUAAUGUAUGAUGGGAGAAAUAUAUCAUAUUUUAAAUACUUAAUUGGAAAUUGUAAAUAGAUCUGAAUUAGAAUAAAUAAUUUGAAUAUGUUAUAAGAAUACUCGUACCUACAUAUUGACACAGAAUAGUUUUUAUGAUAACUAUAACUUACUAAUAUUACACUUGCUGUCUCUUAUUAGUCUAGAAAAUUACUUUGUGUGUGAGAGAGAUAGCUAAAGAGUCCAGACGAUUUAGCUUGAUAUAUAAUUGUAUACCAUUAAAGGUACCUAUACAAAUUGACUACUUACUAAAUAUACCUGCCUCUUCCUAUUCUAAGCGACUAACAAGAAAAAGAGAAAGAUAUAGCUGGAGUGGAAAAUAAAGAAUGGAAUCUUCCAUAUAUUUUAUGUGUGUGUUAGU